GAAGGCAAGUCCAAUGCCGCCGAAGUCCAUUUCUUCUUUCCAAAGCCGGGAAGGAGCAGCUGCCUCCGCCCCCUGCUGUAUAUAAAGAAGUCGAUCUAGGGUUUCUGUUGGUUGCCGACCUUCUUCGUCACAGCUUCUCGCGGGGCAAAUCAAUCGGAACUCGCCAUGGGGAGAAGACCUGCUAGGUGUUACCGCCAAAUCAAGAAUAAGCCAUACCCGAAAUCACGGUACUGCCGUGGUGUCCCUGACCCCAAGAUCAGGAUCUAUGAUGUUGGGAUGAAGAAGAAGGGUGUGGAUGAGUUCCCUUUCUGUGUCCACUUGGUCAGCUGGGAGAAGGAAAAUGUCUCAAGUGAGGCCCUUGAAGCUGCACGUAUCGCCUGCAACAAGUACAUGGCUAAGUAUGCAGGAAAGGAUGCCUUCCACCUGAGGGUGAGGGUCCACCCAUUCCAUGUCCUUCGUAUCAACAAGAUGCUUUCGUGCGCUGGGGCUGAUAGGCUCCAGACUGGUAUGAGAGGUGCCUUCGGGAAGCCUCAGGGCACUUGUGCUAGAGUUAGCAUCGGUCAGGUCCUCCUCUCUGUCCGCUGCAAGGACAGUAACAGCCAUCAUGCUCAGGAGGCCCUUCGUCGUGCCAAGUUCAAGUUCCCUGGUCGCCAAAAGAUCAUUGUCAGCAGGAAGUGGGGAUUCACCAAGUUUAGCCGCUCUGACUACUUGAGGUGGAAAUCGGAGAACAGAAUUAUGCCAGAUGGUGUGAAUGCUAAGCUUCUUGGAUGUCAUGGACCCUUGGCCAAUCGCCAACCUGGAAGAGCUUUCCUGAAUGCGACUACUUAAGCAAUCUCCAUAUUAGAUAUUGUAACUUCCGAAGAUUAUGGACUUUUGAAUUGCUGUGUUGUCAUAACUUGAGAGUUCCAUGUGUUAUUGGAUCUCAAACUGGACCUUCCUGGUCGAGACUCGUGAAUUUUAUGUUGUGCUUUUUAUUGUCAUUUUCAUCUCUCAA